AUGAGAGCUGCUGGUACCUUAGCUAAAGAAUGCAUUUCACUGUACCCAAAUUCUACUGCGAUAGUAUUUGACCUACCCGAAGUAGUGGAAAGUUUAAAGAAGGAUCCUGUGUUUUCUCAGGAAAGCUGGAUGACUUUCCAGACAGGGGAUUUUUUUAAAGAUCCGGUUCCUGAAGCUGACCUAUAUAUUUUGGCUAGGAUCCUGCAUAGCUGGAAUGAUGAAAAAUGUAUACAGCUGCUAACCAAACUGCAUAAGGCCUGCAAACCUGGUGGUGGAGUGUUAGUGGUUGAGCUGGUUCUCGAUGAGGAUAAAUGUGGGCCUCCAGAAGCCCACCUACACUCCAUGCUGAUGUUGCUCCACAGUAAGGGGAAAGAACGGACCUCCUCUGAGUACCAGGCACUCUUCACGGCUGCUGGCUUCAAGGAGAUGCAGCUCAAGAAAGGAACGUUGUAUGACACCCUCAUGGGAAGAAAAUAAUUACCCUGCUUCACGCUUCUUUCAUGCUUUUGUGCUUAAAGAACGCUGUCUAAUAAAAUAUAUGUCUAUU